CUCUUCAAGUGGACAGUCCCUGGCCUCUAUGGCGGAUCACUGUUCUGGUCCUAGCCAGUCAGCCAGCCAGCCAGCCAGCCAGCCAGCCGUCAGGAGAGAAAAAGACGAGACACCAUGAUGGUGGCUUGGCUGAGAGUGGAAAAACUGAUCUCCACUUUGGUCGUCCCUGACUUCUAAUUGUGACCGAGCUAGAAGGAAGCGCAAGCAGGGCGCGCGCGGCCCCACUGGCCGGCCUCGGGUUCCGAUUUAUCUAUGUAGCUGGGUUAUACUCUCCCCGCAUCUGAUGGGUCGGCAAGCUUCUGCCUGGUCAAUGUAAUAAUGUCAGAGGUAUUUGUGUGAAAUACCUUCCUUCUCCUCUCUCUCUCAUCCUUUUCCUGCCUUCCUCCCAACCCACGCCAUGGCUUCAGCCCUAUUUCCGCUCAUCGGCGUCGUCUUCUUGGGCCUGGCCAUCCUGCUCCAGGUGAACGUCGUGCCCGUUGUCCGGCACACGCUGGGCGUGGGCCAAGCGGUGCGGCCCGUCAACAAUGGACAAUGCCAAAAGAUCCCGGAGCUCCAGGGCUGCGAAGAUGCGUGGUUCCACGAACCAUCUGGACUGCUGUACCUGGCCUGUUCGAACCCCAAGAACCGCCUGUCCUGGUUCUCCAACAUGGACAUUUUCGACGCUUCGAACCGAGCUCUGGAUGACUACGUGGCCAUCUUGGACACAAAAGCCAGCGGUCCAGCCUCGUCGCGCAUCACAAAGGUAGCCCUGCGCAACUUUGCCGGUGUCGAAGGCGACGGCACCAUCAAUGUCCAUGGAGUCGGCGUUCACCUCGACUCCCCAGCGACCGUAGCCGAGGGCGAACAGCCAAAGCUGCGCGUCUUCCUUGUCAACCACCGCCCGCCCCUCGUCGAGAACUACGUCGGCGCCAAUUCGACUGUGGAGCUCUUUGAGACGACGCUGGGAAGCGACUCGAUGGACCAUAUCCGCACCUACCACUCCGAUGUCAUCAUGACGCCCAACGAUGUCUCGCCUACCGGUCCGGACUCAUUCAUCUUCUCAAACGAUCACAGCGUCAAGGCUGGCCUGAAGAAGAACCUCGACUUCUUCUCCGCGCGCUCCUCGAUUGGAUUUUGCGAUGGGCAAAAGGGCUGCAAGCUUGCCAUGGACCCCUUGCCCUACCCCAAUGGCCUCGCCGGGGGUACGCAAUUUCCCAAUGCGAACCCCAACGUCUUCUAUUCCGUCUCGACGGCAGACCGCAAAGUCAGGGUUCUCGAGCUGCAAGCAGAUGGAUCCUUGAUUAUACUUGACGAGAUCCAGACAGAUUACCCGAUGGACAAUCCCAGCGUCGACGUCGACGGCAACCUCUGGGUCGCUGGCUUCCCCAAGAUGCUCCACAUGGCCGGCACGUCGUUCAAGGACCCGUCCGUUGGCUCGCCCUCUGCCGUGCUCAAAGUGUCAAAGAACACGGCCCGGGACGCCUUCUUUGGCCAAAAGUACGUCGUCGAGCGUGCGUUCGAAGACGGCGGAGAGAUCGUCUCGAGCCCGACGUUUGCGCACUACGACACCAAGCGGAAGCUCCUCUUCAUGGGCGGCAUCAUGACGCCCUACAUCGCCAUUUGCCAGUUGCCUUGACCGCCUUUGCCUGUUGGCGUCCCGGUUCCCUUAUAUUCUCGCACUCGAAAAAGAACGUCUACAUGCAUGUAAGGAAUCGCAAUCGAAAAGAAAGUAUCAGCAAGUCCUUUUUCAUAUUCAAAGAAAGAGAGAGAAGUAGAAAAAGGGAGCAAAGGGGAAGGCGGAGAGGGAGGAAAGGGGUGUGCUGUAGGAUGUGUGCUAUGAUGGG